AUGGCCGCCACCGUCACUGCUCCUUCCGCGACACACAACGAAGCUCGUCAAGCCGCCCAAGACUAUCUCAAUCAACGUCUAGCGAGCGGCGCCUCAGCUAAACCAGCAAGACCGUUCACUGUCCCAGAGAUCAACAUCGCCAACUCAUUCUCUGAUGAUGUUAAUGCGAGGAAAACAGUAGCAGCCAAGAUCCACGAUGCAUGCACGAACAGCGGCUUCUUCCACCUCACUGGUCAUGGUGUCUCCGAAGAAACGCGACAGAAGAUUAUCAACGCUGCCAAGCGCUUCACCAAAGACUUGCCUCGAUCGAGCAAAGAAGCGUUGCACGUCAAGCACAGCAAGUAUUUUCGCGGCUGGGAACCAGCCGACUAUACUUACGUCAAUCCUGGUGACUGGUCUGCCGAGACCGCUGCUCCUGAGACAAAGGAAGGCUUCAACUGGGGCUAUGAACCAGGUCUUGACCCUACUGGCGGCGAUGGGCAGUACCGUGAACUGGACGGCGAGGAUGUCAACGGUAACGUGUGGCCAAAAAAAGAAGAUCUCCCUGGCUUUUACGCAGAUGUCAAAGAGUACUAUGGCCAAAUCUUACAGCUGGCUCGCCAUCUCUUUCGAUUGUUUGCGCUGUCGCUGGAUCUACCUGAGGAGUACUUUGAUGAUAUGAUGACGCAUCCAGGCGGGAUUGCCAGGUUGCUGUACUAUCCUGCGAGCAAAGACCCCAAGCCUCUGAAUCCUAACGAGCCAGAUAAGGAGAUUGGUCUGGGAGCUCAUUCUGACUACGAGUGUUUCACAAUUCUGCUUUGCUCUACCGCUUCAGGCCUGGAGAUACUGUCGCCGGAGAAUAUCUGGGUUCCUGCACCGGCCGUGGAAGGGAGCUUCAUCAUCAACGUUGCAGACUUCUUGAUGAGGUGGACGAAUGGUGUCUACAUAUCGACCGUUCAUCGUGUCGUCAACAGAACCACGCAUGAGCGUUACAGCGUCCCAUUCUUCUUCAAUAUCAACUACGAUCAGACUGUUGAGACACUGCCGAGCUGUGUGACGCCUGAACGGCCUUCACAAUACCCUCCAGUCAAGGCGGGGGAGUACAUUUUGGAAAGACUGAAAGCUGUACCAAAAAUGGUUAGAUAUUGGGCUCUGUAUCAUACGUUGGAUCUCGAAAUCAGUCACUGGAUAUUCGCUCUGAGGAACCUAUUUGAGUCGUUGUAUACUGUUCAGCCUACCAGAGAUACCGUCUCCCCGAAGAACCUUUCGAGGAUGUGUGAUGCGCCACUAGGUGAUCCAUGCUUGCAUAUAGGUGAUGGAGCUGCUUGUUCUGUAGAGUAUGUGUUGAGGUACUGGUGCCGUCUUGUGCUAACUGCUGUGGAGGUGUUGCUCUGA